AAACUUUUUCCUAAAUUUCCUACUAAAGGUGAAACGAAAGAACCUGAACCGUUAAACAGAAAUUGUAGUGUCACUUCCUGUCCUGCUUUAUUUAAAUUAUUUUCUUCCCUUGACAAUUGACAUCAAUGGGUUUCCAAUACGUCCAAAAUGCAACUGUGGUCUUGAUAACCUUAUUAAGGCAUGUGCUGAUAUAAUUAGCGGUAAAUAUUUUAUUCAUUUAUUUUAUCUUUUCAUGAUUAAGCACUUUUUACAAAGGUAUAUAACGGGGAAAAUAUCAUGCAGUUUUACAUUGUAUCCCUGAGAGACAAAAGUACAGAAACAGGUAAGUGCAUCUACUUUUUUUAACUACGACGAAAUCUUGUGUUACACGACGGUUAUUAUUAUACAACAAAAUCUUUUCAUAGAGAAUGAAGCUGUACAUAGCUCUUGCAUUGAUCGGCAUUUGUGCUUUUGCGCUUGCAGAAGAAGUAGAACAGGAUAACACCAGCGAAUCAAUUGAUCUUGAAGAUCCCACUUACUACAGAAGAUGUGGACCAUACAGACGCUAUAGCUCUGCAACCCACUAUUGCUACCGAAACAAACUUUACAGUAGAAAAUACUAUCGUUAUUGCGGAAAAAACAUCUACAACAUCAAAAGUCAACUGUGCUUCCGAAGACGUGUCUAUGCAAAGAGGUAUUACCGUAUCUGUGGCUACAGUGUUUGUAACAGACGUACUCAGUUUUGCUGGAAGAGAAGAUGCUACUCAAAAAAAUGGUACCGCAUAUGUGGACAUAAGGUUUGCAACAAACAUAUUCAAUUCUGUUGGAGACGUCGAUGCUACUUGAAAAGAUGGUACAGAAUCUGUGGAUAUGGGUUUUGUGACAAGCGAACACAUUUCUGUCACCGACGUCGAUGUUACAGCAAAAAAUUGUACGGCUACUGCGGAAAGUCUUUCUACCGAAAAAGUAGCUACCGAUGUUACUACAAUAAACUUCGACGAAACAAGCCAUAUUAGAUGACAAUUGUAACUUUUAUUAUAGGUGUUGGUCAAAUAUAAACAAAAGGAGCAUUUAAAA